GUAGUUCCUUCAGUCUCCGCCACCAACUCCGGCUGCGCGGCGCUCGGCCCCAGAGCGCCAACCGGAGGAGCCGCCACCCGCAGCCGGGAGUCCCGCGCGGGCGAUGCGGGCGCUGCGGGCGGCACCUGCGGCUCCUCACGGCGGCCUCGGCGGCUUCUGCGAGGGCCCCAGCAGCAUCGGCAGCCACAGCCGUCGCGGCCCCGGCAGCUUCUGCCGUGGUCGCCGCCUCUAAUGAGCCUGCCCGCUCCCGGUCCCGCGGCUCCGGGAAGAUGUGGGUCCUCGGCAUCACAGCAACUUUUUGCGGAUUGUUCUUGCUUCCAGGCUUUGCGCUGCAAAUUCAGUGCUACCAGUGUGAAGAAUUCCAGCUGAACAACGACUGUUCUUCCCCAGAAUUCAUCGUGAAUUGCACGGUGAACGUCCAAGACAUGUGUCAGAAAGAAGUGAUGGAACAAAGUGCCGGGAUCAUGUACCGCAAGUCAUGCGCAUCAUCAGCGGCCUGCCUCAUCGCCUCGGCCGGGUACCAGUCCUUCUGCUCGCCAGGGAAACUGAACUCAGUGUGCAUAAGCUGCUGCAACACGCCUCUUUGCAACGGGCCCAGGCCCAAGAAGAGGGGCAGCUCUGCGUCGGCGCUCAGGCCGGGGCUUCCCACCACCGCCGCCCUGCUCCUCCAGUUAGUGCUCUUCCUGGCUCACUGCUGAAGCGCACGGAGCUGCGCCCCCUGCAUGGCGCACCUCGCUUCCCCACGCCUCCCUACGUUUUUCUCUGGGUUUGCUUUUAAGCUGGGCAGGGCGGGGACUGUGCGUUUUCCUUUUGUUCCCGUACAAACCGUGAGAGGUCUGUGUGGCAACAGUUUUUGUAAGCUCUGAAUAAAUCCAGUCUUGAAUUCUCA